CUGUGAACUUCAAUUAACAUAAUAAAUGGAUAAACUAAGCGAUCAAAAUCAAGGAGGAGGACCCAAAACUAGAGACGUGACCAAACUGAAAGGGAAAGAGCUAGGAGUCUCAUGUAUGUUGAACACUGAGGUUGGAGCUGUUCUUGCCGCGAUCCGACGCCCACCAGAACCCAAUGCUCAGUUCCUUCCUCAUCCUGAUGACAACUACAAUUCCUCCGUAUUACAGUUAUUGAAAUCGCUAAGAACCCAUAUAUUUAAUCCUCAACAGGAAUGGCGAACAAUCGAUCCAAUGGUAUAUCUGUCCCCAUUUCUUGAUGUGAUACAAAGCGAGGAUGUCCCAGCUACUGCAACCGGUGUUGCCCUUUCAUCCCUCCUCAAACUCCUCAAGUUUGGGAUAUUCGAUGAGAAGACUCCAGGAGCCAAAGAUGCUAUAAAUUCAGCUGUGACUGCCAUUACAGGCUGUCGCUUGGAGAAAACAGAUCCAGUUUCUGAAGAUGCUGUUAUGAUGAGGAUUUUACAUGUUCUGAUUGCGAUAAUGAGACACCGCGCUGCAGUUUUGCUCACAGACCAGGCGGUUUGCACCAUUGUCAAUACGUGCUUUCAAGUUGUCCAACAGUCAGCUGGCCGGGGUGAUUUGCUGCAACGAGGCGCGAGGUACACAAUGCAUGAGCUGAUACAAACCAUAUAUUAUCGGUUGCCUGAUAUAGAGGUAAAAGACGCAGACAAUUCUGAAUCAGACAGUGAAGAUAGCAGUUUGGAUUCGAGGUAUGGAAUUCGCUCUGCAGUUGAUAUCUUCCAUUUCUUGUGCUCUUUACUGAAUGUGGUCGUUGAGCAUCCAGAGGGAUUGGCAGCUCAAAGUGCUGAUGAAGAUAUUCAACUUUUCGGGCUGAUUUUGAUCAAUUCUGCGAUUGAAUUGAGUGGUGACAGCAUAGGAAAGCACCCAAAGCUUCUGAGGAUGAUCCAGGAUGACCUGUUUCACCAUCUGAUCCACUAUGGAAUGUGUUCAAGCCCAUUAAUCCUUUCCAUGAUUUGCAGUACUGUUUUGAACAUCUAUCACUUUCUUCGCAGGUCUAUUCGUCUCCAACUGGAAGCUUUUUUCUCAUUUGUGUUGCUUAGAGUUGCAAGUCCAGCAAACUUAGUCCAACAGCAAGAAGUCGCGGUUGAGGCAAUUAUAAAUUUCUUCAGGCAACCCACAUUCGCGCUUGAAGUUUAUGUAAAUUAUGAUUGUGAUCCAAUGUGCUGCAAUGUGUUUGAAGAUACUGUCAAGUUGCUUUGCAAGCAUGCAUUCCCCUCUGGUGGCAAUUUGACAAGUCUACAGGUCCAGGCCUUCGAAGGACUUGUAGUUAUCAUUCACACCAUUGCUGAUAAUAUCAACAAAGAAAAUGAUUCAAGCCCUUCAGGACCCUACCCAGUUGAAAUUUCUGAGUAUAGACCUUUCUGGGAAGAGCAAUUCCAAGAAAAUUAUGAUUCGGACACUUGGGUGGAAUAUGUGAGACUAAGGAAGGCGCAGAAAAAGAAAAUUUUAAUUGCUGGUAACCAUUUUAAUCGAGACGAAAAGAAAGGUUUGGACUACCUGAAAAUUUCUCAGUUGGUCUCCAAUCCUCCAGAUCCAAAAGCCUUCGCUAUUUUCUUCCGCUACACUCCUAGCCUAGACAAGAUCAUGAUUGGUGAUUAUCUUGGCGACCCUGAUGAAUUCCACAUCCAAGUUCUCAAAGAAUUCACAGACACGUUUGAAUUUUCUGGAAUGGUUCUUGACACUGCACUACGAACUUAUCUAGAGGCUUUCCGGUUGCCAGGGGAAUCCCAGAAGAUUCACAGGAUCCUUGAAGCAUUCUCAGAGAAAUAUUAUGAUCAACGGUCCUCGGAAAUUUUUGUAAGUAAAGAUGCAGUUUUUAUUCUUUGCUACUCCGUCAUUAUGCUCAACACUGACCAACACAAUCCACAAGUAAAGAAAAAGAUGACAGAGGAAGACUUCAUCAAGAACAACAGAGCUAUCAAUGGGGGGAAAGAUCUUCCAAGAGAAUACCUAUCUGAGCUCUUCCUUUCCAUUUCAACCAAUGCCAUUACUGUUUUCAGUCAAUCUGUUUCAGCUAUAGAACUCAAUCCAAGUAGAUGGAUUGAGUUGAUAAACCGAGCCAAACUCAUGAAACCUUUCAUAAUGUGUGAUUUUGAUCGUCGACUGGGGAGAGAUAUGUUUUCUACCAUUGCUGGUCCCUCAGUUGCAGCACUUUCAGCAAUCUUUGAACAUGCUGAUGAAGAAGCAAUCCUCCAUGAUUGUAUUGAAGGAUUGUUCUCAGUAGCUAGAAUUGCUCAAUAUGGACUAGAAGACACUCUUGAUGAGCUCCUUGCCUCAUUCAGUAAAUUCACUACGCUGUUGAACCCUUAUGCAUCUGCAGAAGAAACCCUUUAUGCUUUCAGCAACGAUAUGAAGCCACGAAUGGCAACCCUCGCAGUUUUCACCAUUGCAAACAGUUUUGGAGGCUCAAUCCGAGGGGGCUGGAGGAGCAUUGUGGACUGCUUGUUAAAACUCAAGAGGCUUAAGCUACUUCCCCAAUCUGUUGUCGAGCUUGAUAAAACUUCCACUUCAUCAUCUGACCUUCAAUCACACUCAAGAUCAGAAUCUGGUGUGAUUUUCCCAACUCAUGAUCCUAAGUUCAGCGUUGACCGCCAGAGUUCUGGCUUGAUGGGUAAACUCUCCCAUUUUCUCUCAAUGGAGAGUGUAGAAGAGUCUUUGAACCUUGGUGUGAGUGAAUUUGAACAGAAUCUAAAGAUCAUCCAACAAUGCAGAAUCGGGAGCAUUUUCAGCAACACUUCAAGUUUACCUGAGGAGGCAUUGCAGAAUCUUGGGCGCUCUCUGAUAUUUGCUUCUGCAGGGAAAGGCCAGAAGUUUAGCACACCAGUUGAAGAAGAAGAAACAGUUGGCUUCUGUUGGGAUUUACUCCUCAUUAUUGCUUCAGCCAACAUUCACAGGUUCUCUGCAUUUUGGGCUCAUUACCAUGAUUAUCUGCUCGGAGUUGCUCAGCUUCCUAUGUUCUCCCCUAUCCCAUUUGCAGAGAAGGCCAUCAUAGCCCUUAUAAAGAUCUGUCUCAAGCUCCUUUCUUCACAUCAAGAUGACAAACUCUCUGAGGAAGUCAUCUUCAAAUCCAUAAAUUUAAUGUGGAAGCUCGAUAAAGAAGUUCUUGACACCUGUUGUGAGUUCAUAACAAAAUCAGUGAGCAAAAUUAUAAUCAACCACCCUUCAAAUUUGCAAACUCAACUUGGAUGGAAGUCAGUUCUUCAUUUGUUAUCAAUUACUGGUCGACACACUGAAACAUAUGAUCUUGGAGUGGAGACUCUCAUUACGUUCAUGUCCGAGGGGAACCAUGUUUCGCGCACAAACUAUGCUUACUGCAUUGAUUGUGCAUUUGGUUUUGUCGCCCUAAAGAACAGUCCACAAGAGAAGAACAUGAAGAUAUUGGAUUUGAUGUCUGAUUCAGUGAAUUUAUUGAUUCAAUGGUUCAAAAGUGGAUACUCUGAUCCAGGGAGCAUUCCUAGUCUCAUGAGCAACACAAGUUCCUCCUCAAUAGAAGAAAAUUCAAAAGCUCUUAGUUAUUCGAACUUCACCAUUCACUUAUUUCUCAAACUAGGCGAGUCACUUAGAAAAACCAGCUUAGCCCGAAGAGAAGAGAUAAGAAAUCAUGCUGUCACAUCUCUGCAGAAAAGCUUCACACUAGCUGAGGAAUUAUAUUUUACACCAAUCAACUGUAUUAACUGCUUUAACCUUGUGAUCUUUGCCAUGGUCGACGAUUUACAUGAAAAGAUGUUAGAAUACUCGAGGAGGGAGAAUGCAGAAAGGGAGAUGAGAAGCAUGGAAGGGACUCUGAAGAUUGCAAUGGAGCUCAUGACAGAUGUAUAUUUGCAGUUCUUGAAACCGAUAUCAGUGAGUCCCGGAUUUAGGACAUUCUGGUUAGGAAUACUUAGAAGAAUGGAUACAUGUAUGAAGGCUGAUUUGGGAGAAUAUGGUGAGUCAAAAUUGCAUGAAGUAGUUCCUGAGUUGCUGAAAAAGAUGAUCGUGACAAUGAAGGAACACGAGAUAUUGGUGCCAAAGGAAGAUGAUGACCUAUGGGAAAUUACAUAUAUUCAGAUUCAGUGGAUUGCUCCUUCACUCAAGGAGGAGAUGUUUCCUGAGGAGUUUUAGUGGGCACAAGAGAAAAAAGUAUAAUUUUGUUAGUUCUAAGCAAUAGAAGGUAAUAAUAGAUACUAGAUAGUGAGGUAGCCUUCCUUUAUCAUUUUAGAAAAAACUGUAGCUAAUUGACAAAUAGAAGCAAGAAAAACAAUUUAAGUUUGUUUCAUCCUUAUUUAUCAUUGAUGCAAAUGUCUCAUCCUGGACAUUUUAACAGGUAAAGAUCUAUUGAACAAUUCUAAGUGUUCAUAACUCUCUUGGUUUAU